AUGCCUAUCAAGUCAUUAGAACUCUUUUUGUUUGAAAGAGGAUUAGUCGGCUCAUACCCUAUUGAAGCUUUGAAAAAUGCUGCUUUAGGGAUAGAUGUUAAUCAUUAUUUAUCCAGAUUAUUGACUAAUAAAAGAGAGCAAUAUCUGGAUGCCAUUGGUGGAUUUCCUACAAGUUUGAAGAUGUAUUUAGAAAGUGAUUUGAAGAUUUUUAAGGAAUACAAAAUAACUCCGAUCUUCGUGUUUCAAGGUAGUUUAGUUUCAAAUCAAAUUGAUGAUGAAUUAGGUUUGAUUCAAAAAAAUUCAAACUCAACUACUCCUCAAGGAACUGCAGCAACAUCUCCUAAUAGAAGAUCUAACAGAGACCUAACUCUGCAACAAAGAAAUAGGGCAUGGACUCAAUGGCAAAACUUAAUGAAAAGUAACGAAUCUUCUUACAUUGACCAGCCUGUCCAACCACAAGAACCAUUUAGAUACAAUACCGUAAUUGAUACUAAACGAUUCCAAGCUGAUUUGAUAAACUAUUUCAUUGAAAAUGGUAUCACUUACCAAGUUGCCCCAUUCUCUUCUUGGAUUCAAUUGUCCUAUUUACUAGAUAAUAAUUAUAUCGAUGCUAUUUAUGGGCCAACUGAUUGUUUGAUGCUAACCAAGAUUGAAAAAUUCAUUAUCGGUAUGGAAUUCCCAAAUAAGGAGUUCAGAUUUGUAGAUAGAGCUAGAGUCUUAAAAGAUCUAGAUAUCUCACACGAAGAAUUCGUAGACAUUGCAAUGGCGGUAGGUAAUGAUUUGCAACCAAUUACUUUGCCACCAUUGCAAAUAUACCCAACUGCAAAAGUAUUCGAAGUAGCAUUGGACAUGGUUUUCGCUUCAGCAGCAAACUUUUACGCCUUCCAAUCUUCAAACCCAAUGGAUAAAGAUAGCCCAAAAUAUGCAGAAUUAUACCAAAAGGGUUAUUCUGCAUUAAGGUAUAUGCCUGUAUUAACAGAGUCUGGUAGAGUGGAAUUGUAUGUAGAAGAUGAAGUCCAUUCCAAAGAUGAUACUAAGAACUCUAAUAAAAAUAUCUCUGAUGAAAAAUCUAAUAAUACCAAUAAAUCUGCUUCUGUAACUACAAAUGGUAAGAAUUCAACCCAAGGUAUUGCUACAAGACCAAUUCCUAAUGAUGUACAUGAUUUUAUUUGCCAAAGAUUGCCUCAUGAAUAUUAUUUCUAUCAAUCAAUAGGAUUAAUUGGAUCAAAAUUAUAUCAAACAAUAACUAGUGGCAGCUAUAUUGAAGAAUCUCCUUUAGAUGGGGGUGCAUCAAAUUCGUAUAGAGAAUUAAUUAAAAAGUCUGUCUCCAUUUUCAAGAAUAAAGAAAUUGGUUUA